AUGAGGGCCUGCACCAGCGCCAAGCUGCUGCUGGCGGCCGGCUUGGCCCUGCAAUGCGUCAAUGCAGGACUCGCGCGCAGGGACAUGGUCCCGGACGACGAGUCGCUGUAUGUGCGACCAAAGUAUUUCAAGGAAGCUCCGGAGCACGCACACUACGACAAGCGCUUCUUCAAGGAGAUGCUCGGCGAGGAGCCGCACCGCGACAUCAUCCGCGUGCUGGUCCAGACGUACCUGGCGACGCUCAGCCAGCUGGGCGUCCAGACGUGGCUCAUGCACGGCAGCCUGCUCGGUUGGUGGUGGGGGAAAAAGGUCAUGCCCUGGGACUUUGACGCCGACGUGCAAGUGACCGAGGCCGACAUGUACUACCUCGCCGCCUACCACAACAUGACGACCUACUACUACAAGUACGGCGGCAUGACCAAGGGGCGGUACUUUCUGCUCGACGUCAACCCGCACUUCACGUACCGCGGCAAGGACGACUACCUCAACUUUAUCGAUGCCCGCUGGGUGGACAUGGAGUCUGGUCUGUACAUUGAUAUUACCGCUGCGAGAUACGACCCGGAGCACGCGGCGGGAGAAGGCAUCAUGUACGACAAGAACGAGCACGAGUUUCGAGACACUUUUUUGUAUCCCCUGCGGGAGACGACGUUUGAGGGUGUGCCUGCCAAGAUCCCCUACCGAUACCGGGAAAUGCUCGAGUCGGAGUACGGCAAGGCGGCCCUUAUGAACAAUGAGUACCACGGUCAUGUCUUUGAAAAGGGCCGACAGCAAUGGGUGCUCCGGGCGAAGGAGGAUGAGGGGUGA